AUGUCUGACACUGGUAGAAAAGACUUCUCUGAUAAAGCCAAGGAAGCGUUAAAGCCUGAAUCUGAAAAAGGUUACGUUGAAAAGGGUAAAGAAUAUGUAACUGAUGCUGCAGAUAAAGUAGCUGGCACUGUUCAACCCGAAAGCAACAAAGGUGUCUUACAAGGUGUUUCUGAUGCAGCUAAGUCAGGUAAAGACGAGGCUGAAUCUCAAAAGGCUGGCACUGAGUCUUAUAGUGAACAAGCUAAAGAUUAUUUGGAUUCGGCUAAAUCUAAAUUAAAUGAGGCCGUUGAAUACGUUUCCAACACUUUACAUGGUGGUACUGAUCCAAAAAAAUAA